CCCUGGGUGUGUUGGAGUGUCCCUGAGCAAGACCACUAACCCUGAAAAUACUCCUGAUGAGUUGGUGCCUUGCAUGGCAGCCAAUCGCCAUUGGGGUGUGGGUGUGUGUAUGAAUAGUUUAUCUGGCAGAUGAUCGGCCUACCAAGUGGCCUGAUGAAUUCUCCUGGCAAACCUGCACUGGAAUUCGUCCCCGACCUGCUGGGACAGGAGGUCAAACCACGGGAGCCGUGGCAACUGUCCCGAUCUAGGACUGUGACGUUCCGGUUACCGUGCACGAAGACCCGACACAGAUCAGCUCCUCCAGCACAGGCCAGGAGACGCCGGAGUCUGACAGUUUAGCGGAAUACGGACAGGACCGGAUUCCGCUGCUGUCCUGAGAUUAAGGAGUUGAGCACUUAAGUCGUUAAUCUAAUAUGUAGGCAGGAAAAUAUACGUGUCUUCUACUUCAUUUGUGACUUUGUUGAAGUGCAGGCAUAGGUUACUGGAGUAUAAGUGUACUCAGAUUUUUCUAAUUGCUCGGUUGUAGCGUUUCCAUUUGAAAUUUAUGACGACAAUGUUAAUUUAGUUUUGACAGAAGCAUGUUUUUUUGUCCACGGGAGAAUGGACACAAACACCUUGCUCUUCUGGCUGUGAUACCAGAGGUGGCUUCAGCGUGUCCAGAGAAUGGUGAAUGAUUGGGGGAAAAUCAUGAACAGUGCUUCAGAACUCGGAGAUGGAUCGCAGCACAAGUCCAAGGGCACCUGCAGUUACCUCCUUUGGACCACCUCGCUCUUCGUGAUCGUUCUGCUCGCUGUAGCAGUCACUGGCACCAUCGUAUUCAUGAACAGUUCCCAAGCCCCGCCAAUGCCCAAUGGCCCCCCGCUCAUCAGAACCAAUCAGGGGGAGGGAAACGCCCUAGUUACCGUGGAUCGGGGCGACGGCUCCCGCAUUAACAUCUUCGUUGACCCGAACUGUCCCGACUACAACAAGAACUUCCUGCAACUAGAGGGCGCUCACACCUCCCUGCUGCACUCGCUCACCAACCACGACCGCGGGUUCAAAGGUCAGAAGGGCCAGGACCACAGCCUGCUGGUCAACCUGGCCGAGCAGCUGGGGAGGCUGUCUUCACACUCCAGCCAGCUGAAGGUGGACUACGAAUCCCUGAGACACGGCCAGGGGAGCCUGGUGCAGGAGCUCAACGUCCUCCAGACCGAGCAGGGCCGACUCAUCCAGCUGCUGUCGGAGAGUCAGGCUAACAUGGCGAAGGCGGUGACCUCGGUCAGCGAGGCGCUCCGCUCCCUGCAGAAGGAGACGGGCAGCAUCAAAAACCGACUGAAAGCUGACCUCCAGAGAGCUCCCAGCCGCGGGGCUCGUGCCAAAGCCUGCGCGGGAUCCAGGCCACGAGACUGCAGUGACGUCUAUGCCAGUGGACAGAGAGACGAUGGGAUCUAUUCCAUCUUUCCCUCACACCACCCGUCAGGGUUCCAGGCCUUCUGUGAUAUGACAACAGAUGGAGGAGGCUGGACAGUUUUUCAGCGUAGGGUGGAUGGGUCGGUCAGCUUCUUCCGCGAAUGGGAGGCGUACCGCAAUGGGUUUGGAAAGGUCAAUGGAGAACACUGGUUGGGGUUGAAGCAGAUCUACGCCUUGACCAUCCAGGCCAACUACGAGCUCCGGAUUGACCUCGAGGACUUUGAGAACAACACUGUUUUUGCACAGUAUGGGACCUUUGGAGUAGGCCUCUUCUCUGUGGACCCAGAUGACGAUGGAUACCCUCUGACCGUUGCUAAUUACUCCGGCUCUGCAGGUGACUCCUUACUGAAACACAGUGGGAUGAAGUUCACCACUAAGGACCAGGAUAACGACCACUCUGAGAAUAACUGUGCCUCCUUCUACCGCGGGGCGUGGUGGUACCGUAACUGCCACACCUCCAACCUGAACGGGCAGUACCUGAGCGGGCAGCACAGCUCCUACGCCGACGGCAUCGAGUGGUCCUCCUGGACCGGCUGGCAGUACUCGCUCAAGUCCUCCGAGAUGAAGAUCCGGCCGACCCGGGAGGAGAACAAGUGACCGGGAGUGAGUGACUGCGGGAAACACGCGGACUCAAUGAGAAACAGAGACGGGAGUCACAAACUCACUGGCUGUAGGGCAGUCUUGCGAGGACCACACUGACUGCAGGGGUGUGGCGUUGGCGGGCAAAGACUGGUUAGUAACGAAGAGUUAGUAAUUUCUCAUGAGGACCCCUCUGAUCGUACGUCUGCAGGGCUGGGUGCACUUGGGUUUCCUCUAACCUGAUCUCAAUGAUUG